AUGAAGGAUUUCUUUUCAGGAACAUAUUUGCAGAUUAUGUAGCAUAAUAAAAUUUUCCAUCUCAAUAAUUAAACUUAAAAAAGUGAAAUAGUCCAUGAUGAAUAAGCUGAAGAAAAAUUCAAUAGAAAUUAUGAUGAAGACAAUAAGAAAGAAAUAUUUAUUCCAUCUCUAUCACCAAAAUCUUGCAAAAAAUUAUUUUAACAACAACUAAACAAUGAUACAUAAAAUACAUGUUAAGACUAAGUUUUAGAAGAGUAAAAAACUUAAAUCUAAAAACCAGAUGAUUUUUUAGAAUCGUUAAGAAUUAAUUAAGACAAGAUAAUAAACAAAUAAACCAACUUAGAUAAAUAAUCAGAUUAUUAGAUUAGACUAAAUUUAAAUAAGUCUGAUCAAAAUUUAAAAAAAUAUGCGCAAAGUGGAAUUAGAAAUAUUUAAUAAUAACAAUAAUAACAACAAUAAUUCUAAUUAUUUAUGAAAGAUUCUAAUAAUAAGCUUGUAAACGGAGGAUCUGUAACACCUAAUCGCUUUAAUAGAUAUAACAAAAUAAGUUAAUCAAAUUAGUUAGAAACUUAAGAAAGAGAGACGAAGAAUAUUAAAAAAUAAAAUGAGCAAAUAAAUAAAGUAUUUUAAAAUUUGAAUGAUAAAUCAGUUCAUCUAAAGCUUGAAUAGAUGCUCUUUUAAUUUAAGUUGUGUAAGAAAAAAGAGUUUUUAUAAUCUAAAGGAUUGAAAUAAUAGACUAUUAGUGAAAUUGAGCAGCGAAUAGAUGAAAGUUUAGAUUAUUAUGCCUUUUAUAAAGAAAUUUUAUUAAUAAAAAAAGCUAUUAUGAUGAUUUUAAACAAAUAAUAACUUGCUGCAUUAUAAGUAAUUGGGAUUGACAUAGAAAAACAAAGUAAAAAUUAGGAAAACUCAAUGAUGAAUUAUUCAGAGGAAGUAACUGAAAAUCAUUUCAAGGAGCAGUAUGAAAUUCUUUAAUCAAAAGAAUUUAUCAACAAUUUAAAUGUACCUUUAGAUAUAAUUAAAUGCUAAAGAUAAGAAUUGCAAGGAAUGAACUGCUUUGAUUUUAGCAAAUUACCUAACCCUCAGCUAGUUCUAAAAGACCAUCAAAGUAUUUUUUCUUACAUAUAAUUAUAUGUUUAUAAAUGUCAAGAUGUUGAUUAUAUUAAGACUUCAAUUCCAGAUAAUUGUGCUGACGAAUAAACAAUAAGUUAAUUAAUUAACUAUUCUCCCUUUAAAUUCUUAAUAAAAACAUAAAUUUCUUAAUUUAACAUAACUUCAAGCCAAAUUGAGUAGUAAUAUAAAAUUUAAGUAUUAUCGAAUACUGCUAAUUCUCUCACGUAUAAUGAGUUAAAAAUACAAAACUAAGUUACUUCAGUAUUUUAAGGUCUGAUAGUUUAACAUUAACAAACUUUUUCAUCCCCAUUAUCAUAAUCACUCACCGCUUAUACAUAUGAUCGUAACAAAGUUUUUUAAGACGCUGGUCUUGCAUGUAUAAGUGAAAUUUUAAUUGGUGCAGAUGAAUGUUAAGCCUAUUUUUACAUACAAUUUCCAAUUUUUACAGAAGUUUUAGCACUUUGUAAUAGCACAUUAGCAAUUCUACUGCUUUUAGGCUCGUUUAGUAGGAAAUUAGCAUAAAAAUUUAUUAGAAGAGACAUUUUUUUGAUCUUAAUGAAGGACUUCUUUUCAGGAACAUAUUUGCAUAUUAUGUAGCAUAAUUAAAUUGUCAAUCUCAAUAAUUAAACUUAAUGCAAUGAAAUUGCUCUUGAUGAAUAAGCUGAAGAAAAAUUAAAUAGUAAUUAUGAUGAAGACAAUAAAAAAAAUAUUUUUAUUCCAUCUUUAACGCCAAAAUCUUGCAAAAAAUUAUUUUAGUAACAGCUAAAUAAUGAUUCAUAAAAUACAUGUUAAGACUAAGUAUUAGAAGAGUUACAAACUUAAAUUUAAAAACCAGAUGAAUUAUUAGAAUCAUUAAGAAUUAAUUAAGACAAAAUAAUAAAUAAGUAAACCAACUUAGAUAAAUAAUCAGAUUAUUAGAUUAGACUAAAUUUAAAUAAGUCUGAUCAAAAUUAAAAAAAUUAUGCACAAAGUGUAAUUAGAAAUAUUUAAUAAUAAUAAUAACAAAAAUAAUUCUAAUUAUUUACGAAAGAUUCUAGCAGCAAGCUUGUAAACGGAGUAUCUGUAACCCCUAAACAGUUAAAUAGAUAAAAGAAUAAGAGUUAAUCAAAUUAAUUAGAAACUUAAGAAAGGUUGUGUAAGUAAAAAGAGUUUUUAUAAUCUAAAGGAUUGAAAUAAUCGAUUUUUAGUGAAAUUGAGUAGCAAAUAGAUGAAAGUUUAGAUUAUAAUGCCUUUUAUAAAGAAAUUUUGUUAAUAAAGAAAGCUAUUAUGAUGAUUUUAAAUAAAUAAUAACCUGCUGCUUUAUAAGUAAUUGGAAUUGAUUUGGAAAAACAAAGUAAAAAUUAGGAAAACUCAAAGAUGAAUAAUUUAUCAGAUUUUGACAUUUUCUCUGAGUCUAUUUAGUUUAACGCUAACAGAUAAAGGUUAAGAAAAAGAACUUUUUUAGGUGCAAUUUUAACAUUCACAAUUAUCUUAAUAACUCUCAUUUAUUUUGUGUAUUAAUCCUACCAAUAUUUCACUGGAUAGAUGGAUCCCAAAUUCAGAUAACAAACUUUCAUUUCUGACUAGAUUAGUAUUGAUUUAAAUAAUGAAAUGUUUGGAUUUGAUUUUUUCUCUAUUUAAAGUGGAUAAUAUUUAAGUUAAUUAUAGGCCCAAUAAAAUAAAACAUAUUUUGUUUUCAUAGCAAAUUUUGCAUUCACCAGUUCAAAUAGUAGUAUCAACAAUUAAUAUGUGCGUUUAGAUAUAAUUAAAUGCUAAAGAUAAGAAUUGUAAGGAAUGAACUGUUUUGAUUUUAGCAAAUUAUCUAAUCCUUAGCUAGUUCUCAAAGACAAUCAAAGAACUUUAUCUUAUAUAUAAUUAUUGGUUUAUAGAUGCUAAGAUGUUGAUUAUUUUAAAACUUCUAUUCCAGAUAAUUGUGCUGACGAAUAAACAAUAAGUUAAUUUAUUAACUAUUCUCCCUAUAAAUUAUAAAUAAAAAUGUAAAUUUCUUAAUUUAACAUAACCUCAAAUCAAAUUUAGUAGUAAUAUAAAAGUUAUGUGUUAAUGAAUAUAGCUAAUAUUUUUAUGAAAAGUGAGCUAAAAAUUCAAAACUAAAUUACUUCAGUAUAAUAAGGUCAGAUAGUUUAACAUGAACAAACUUUUUCAUCCCCAUUAUCAUAAUAAAUAGUCACUUAUUCCUAUGAUCGUAAUUAAAUUAUAUAAGACACUGGUCUUAAUUGUUUUAAUGAAAUUUUAAUUGAUUUAGAUGAAAGCUAAACCUACUUUCACAUACAAUUUCCUAUUUUUACAGAGGUUUUAGCUCUUUGCAAUAGCACAUUAGCAAUGCUACUGCUUUUAGGGUCAUUUUGUAGGAAAAUAGCAUAAAAAUUUAUCAGAAGAGACAUGUUUUUUAUCUUAAUGAAGGACUUCUUUUCAGGAACAUAUUUACAUAUUAUGUAGCAUAAUGAAAUUGUCAAUCUCAAUAAUUAAACUUAAUAAGAUGAAAUAAUCCAUGAUGAACAAACUGAAGAAAAAUUAAGUAGUAAUUAUGAUGAAGACCAUAAAAAAAAUAUAUUUAUUCCAUCUUUAACACCGAAAUCUUGCAAAAAAUUAUUUUAAUUACAGUUAAGCACUGAUUCAUAAAAUACAUGUUAAGACUAAGUGUUAGAAGAGUUACAAACUUAAAUCUAAAAACCAGAUGAAAUUUUAGAACCAUUAAGAAUUAAUUAAGAAAAGAAGACAAACAAGUAAACCAACUUAGAUAAAUAAUCAGAUUAUUAGAUUAGACUAAAUUUAAAUAAGUCUGAUUAAAAUGAAAAAAAUUAUGGUCAAACUGUAUUUAGAAAUAUUUAGUUAUAAUAAUAACAAUAAUUCUAAUUAUUUAUGAGAGAUUCUAGUAACAAACUUGCAAACGGAGUAUCUAUAACCCAUAAACGCUUAAAAAGAUAAAAUAAAACAAGUUAAUCAAAUUAAUUAGAAACUUAAGAAAGAGAGACUCAGAAAAUUAGAAGAUACAAUGAGCAAAUAAAUAAAAUAUUUUUAGAUUUGAAUGAUAAAUCAGUUCAUCUAAAGCUUGAAUAGAUUCUCUUUUAAUUUAAGUUGUGUAAGUAAAAAGAGUUUCUUUAAUCUAAAGGACUGAAAUAAUCGAUUAUUAGUGAAAUUGAAUAGCGAAUAGAUGAAAGUUUAGAUUAUUAUGCCUUUUAUAAAGAAAUUUUGUUAAUAAAGAAAGCUAUUAUGAUGAUUUUAAGUAAAUAAUAACUUGCUGCAUUACAAGUAAUUGGAGUUGAUUUGGAAAAACAAAGCAAAAAUUAGGAAAACUUAAAGAUGAAUAAUUUAUCAGAGGAUGCAACUGAAAAUCACUUCAAAGAGCAGUAUGAAAUUCUUUAAUCAAAAGAAUUGUAAUUAUAAUAUAUUAAUGAUUUCUUAAAAAAAUGUGAGUAAAAUAGAUCAAAUUUGGAUAAUAUUGACAAAAGAAUAUUAUCUUCCUUAUUAAUUUAUUAGCAAAAUUGA